AUGCAAACAGAGAUUCUAGCCAGAUUACCUUUAAGAACCAUCGCUAGAUUCAAAUCAGUGUGCAAGACAUGGAAAUCAACAAUAGAGUCUGCCUAUUUCCGCCGUCUCUUUUUAUCUCUGCACCAAAACUCCUCUUCUUCUUCUUCUUCAUCGUGGUCCCUCUUGUACGGAGAAGAAGAACUCAUAGGGUUCUAUGGAUGCAAAACAUGGGAUCUUCCAAAGUCUCCAGCUUCACUCAUCCCACCGCCUUUCAAACGUUAUCAUAUUGGUGAUUGCUACUACUGGGAUUCCUCCGGUGGAUUGGUUUUGAUCAUCGACGAAUCUGAUAAUGCUUACUGCUACGCCUACGUGGGCAAUCCAGUUUUACAGCAAUGGGUCAAAAUCCCUCCACCUCCAACUCAUCUUACAGGUGAUUCUAGGUAUGUGUUUGGUUUAGUGACGCGUUUGGAUGAGGACGGUGUCGUUUUGAGCUUUAAAAUGGUUAGGAUAGCUCCGAGUUCUCAUCCAACCACAAAUGAUUACCUCUUCAGUGUGUUACUGUAUUCCUCCGAUACAGGGGUUUGGACUUCCAAAGUAAUUCUUUCUCCUAAAUACAUCACCAACAUAUAUAAUCUCAACCUGAAUGGUACGAUUUACUUUGGUUGUCUUGGUGUAACGGGAGUACUCGCAGCUCAUGAUUUCUAUUCAAAAUCGGAUCAAUUCCGGUUUGUGAAAUUACCGGACUAUCCGGAUUACAACAAGGACUACAAACGAACCUUGACUACAUCAGGAGGCUUUGUCAUGUAUGUCAGAACGUUAGCAAAAAAAGAAGAAACUGUUUUGAAGAUUUGGAGGUUGAACAAUGAUGACGACGACACUUGGCAUCUUUUGUGGGAAGUUGGCUUCCCAAUGAUUAUCGGUAACUAUGCACCCUUGGCAAUGCAUCCGUUUGAUAUUGGUACUGUUUAUCUAUGGAGUCAACGGGAUCAUCAUUGGGUAUCGUGUAACUUGGAGAAACAAGACUACAAAAUCCUCGGUGAUUCAUCUAAUGACGGUCAUCAAGAGUGUUUCAUUGACCAGCCUCUUUGUAAGAAGAGAUUGGAUCAUAUAUGGUAUCGAAGAUCAUCAGAUUCAGAAGAAGACUUGAACUUUACAGUUUAUUCGUUUUGCACAUUGGUGGUCCCACGGUGGAUGGAAUCGGUGCCUCGUCCUCCCCAAGCUGAGAUGAUGAACACGACUUCACUACUUCUUACGCUAGACAAUGAUGAAGAAUAG